AAGCAUUUAAAAAUGAAUUAUUUGAGAAAUAUAAAGUAUAAAACUUUUAUUAACCAAUAAAAAACUCAAAUGGUGAAAUAAUAACAUAAUAAUUAAAAGACGAAUAUAUUAGCAUAAUAAAAAAAUUAUAUGAAUUUUGGAAUAGCUAUUAGAAUUCUUUUUAUAGAAACUUAAAGUUUUUAUUGAAAAAAAUUGAUAAUAUUUUAGUUGUAAAUAUGAAAUCCUUGUUUCCGGAAUUUAAAAAAGAAGAGAAAGAUUAAUAAUGGUUUGAAAAUAAAAUUUUAAUCUAGAAAAAGAUGUUUUUAGAUGAAAUUAAACAUAUUUGGGUUGACGAUUGUAUACAUUUGUAAAAUUUUUAUUUAAAAACCUUUGAAUUAAUUAAUUUAUGUUUGCUUUUGGAUAAAAUAGAAGAUAAUAAUAAUGAAUCAGAAUAUACAUUUACUGAUUUUUUUUAUUGUUUAAGAUCUUUUUUGAUUAUUUAUUAAACUUUUUGUUUGUAAAAUAAUGAAUUUUCAGAACAAAACGAACCUAAAUCUCCUUUUUUAAAAAGAAUUUUAACUUAUGCGCCUAUGGAAGAAGAAGAAGAAUUAAAUUCUAAUUUACUCUCCAAACAAUAUUCAAAUAUUUCUUUUAAAAAUAACUAGUUUGUUAUAUAGGAUUUAUAUGAAAUUAUCAAAAGUAAGUUCUUGAAUUUAGCCAUUAAAACAAUGGAUCAUAAUAAAUAAUUUUGUAAGUUUGUAUAAAGUUUAGAUUAUAAGAAAUUAACAAUGAAUUAGAAAUUUAGUAUUAUUAAAUAUUUAAGUUAAGUUUGGUAAAAAAAAUAUUCAACAGAUUGGGUUGAAAUGAAUAUUGAUUUAGAAAGAGAUUAAAUGUGGCUUAAUACAUAUAAAAAGUUAAUUGAAUUAAUUCCAGUAAAUUUAGUACAAAGAAAAUUCGAAAUCAAAUUUAAAGAUGAACCAGGAGUAGAUGCUGGAGGCCCUUCAAGAGAAUUUUAUAGCUAAGUAUUUAAGGAUUUAUUAGAUCCAUAAAAAGGAUUUUUUUCAGUUUCUUCAAAUGGAAUAACAAUGUAACCUUCUAUAAAUUCAUGUAUAAUUCCUGAUUAUUUAUUACACUUUUAACUUGCUGGAAGAUUAUUAGCAAAAUCUAUUUUAGAUGGAUAUACAUGUGAGGUUGAUUUGACAAAAUCCUUUAUGAAAUAAUUGCUAUAAUAAAAUCUCUAUAUAAAUGAUUUGGAAGAUAUUGAUCCAGAUAUGGCCAGAGGAUUAUAAGAUAUUCUUUAAAAUAAUGUUGAAAGUCUAUGCUUAGAUUUCACAUUUACUUUUAAUUAAUUUGGAAAAACAAAAGUUGUUGAGUUAAUUCCUAAUGGAAGUAACAUUGAAGUUACUGAAGAAAACAAAAAAUAAUAUGUAAAAGAAUUAGCUUAUUUUAGAAUGGUUAAAUAAAUCGAAAAGUAAGUCGAGGCUUUUAAAAAAGGUUUUUAUGAAGUCAUUCCUUUCGAUCAUUUAAAAAUUCUUUCAGUUAGAGAAUUAGGUAUUAAAUUGUCCGGGGUGCAUAUUAUUGAUAUUGAAGAUAUGAAAAAAAAUGUUAUUUGUGAAGGAAAAUAUACUUCGAAAUCUCCUUAAAUAUAAUGGAUGUUCGAAAUUUUAGAAGAAUACAAUUAAGAACAAAGGGCAGGAUUUUUAUUUUUUGCUACUAGUUCCUUUAAAGUACCUUUUGGUGGAUUUUAAAACUUCUAAAUUACUAUUUCUAAUAAAAAACUUGAUAAAUAAUCUUUACCUAUUUCUCAUACUUGCUUUAAAGAAAUCGAAUUACCAGAAUAUGAAAGUAAAGAGAUUAUGAAAGAAAAAUUCUAAAUUGCAUUAACUGAAGGAUAAAAAGGAUUUUAUAUUAGAUGAUUUUUUUUUUAUAUUUUUAUUGUUUUGGAUUUUGUUUUAACAAUAUUAAAUUUUAAUAAUGUCUUUUUAUUCAGUAAUAUACAUCAAAAUUUUAUUUAAAAAUCUUAAAUAU